AUCCAAAUAUUCAAAUCCCAUAAAUCCAAAUGCAUGAACCUUAUAGUCCUAUAAAUACCUCACUUAUUCUUAACAUUUCAAUGUUCGAAUAUUCAUCUCCCUCUCUCUAAAAAAUACCAACACAUUUUCAUUCCACACUCUCUUCUUAUCAAAAUUAAAACACAAAAGUCACAAUAGGCCACAAAAUGUACGGAAACAAUAAUUUUGAUUCCGAUUUUGCCCUUUUAGACUCUAUUCGCCGCCACUUGUUAGGUGAAUCCGAAUCAAUAUUCGGAGCUCCAAUAACUUCUUCGGGUAAUACCCGGGUUUUCUCUCGGAGCUCCAGUUUCAGUAGUUUAUACCCAUGUUUGAGUGAAAAUUGGGGUGAAUUGCCUCUCAAGGAAGAUGAUUCAGAAGAUAUGGUGCUUUACGGCGUUCUCCGUGACGCUGUAAAUGUUGGGUGGGUUCCUUCUCUUCAAGUCGGGUCACCCGAAAGUAUCUCAUCGGGUUUUCCGUUAGAAUUAACGGUUAAACCGGAACCGGAUGUUAUGCCGGUUAAAAUUAUUCCAAAGGUGGAAUCUACGACGGUGCAAGUGGUUCCGGAAGUGCUAAAAGCUGCUCCGGUGAAAGGAAAACACUUCCGCGGCGUUAGACAACGGCCGUGGGGAAAAUUUGCGGCGGAGAUUCGUGAUCCGGCGAAGAACGGAGCUAGAGUUUGGCUCGGAACAUUUGAAACCGCUGAAGAUGCAGCGUUGGCUUAUGAUAGAGCUGCUUAUAGGAUGAGAGGUUCAAGAGCUUUGUUGAAUUUUCCACUUCGGGUUAACUCCGGUGAACCCGACCCGGUUAGGAUUACUUCAAAACGGGGUUCGCCGGAACGUUCUUCUUCAUCUUCGUCAUCGGAAAGUAAUUCUCCGGCGAAGAGGAAAAAAGUGAUGACAAGUCAGAGUGGAUUAAAAACAGGACAAGUGGGAAAUCAAGUGGAACAAUGUACACGUGGAGGACAGUUAUUGGUUACUUAAUAUUGUUUUGUUCUUCCGUACUAGGAACACAAGAAAAUGUCUGUGUUGUGUUUGUUCAAUGCAAUUUGUAAUUAUCUUAAGACAUGUGUGUAUGUGUAUAGCACUUCCCCUUCUUUUGUGGCACUUAUCUAGAAAAUUUUGGAACCUAGGAAAAAAAUGAGAAGUGAAAAAUGUAGCAAGAUGGUGACAUUUCAUGAGGAGGACAAAAAUGUUGGGAGAGAAAUAAUAAUUAUAAGAUUGAAAAAUGAGAAAUGAAAUGAUGAUGUUUGGCGGAUAGUGAAUGAAAGUGAGGUUAAUGUAAUUAACUUUGUUGAUAGAUAUUAUGAUGAUUUGUUAUUUUUUUUUAUCAA